UCUUCUUUCUUUUCUUUCAUCUUGCCCAUAUCCAGCUUGGUGAUAUCCUGGUCUUGUUGGUUGAUUAAACUCACAAGAUCUUUAGUGAGUGCCACUGAGAAUGCAUAUUCACGAGAUGAUAUCCUGACGGGAUUGAUGAUACCUAGGCCUCCACAUCGAACAGGGAGUUCAAGGAUAUCUCUUUCAUGCUGGUUGACAGGGCGACCGAGGAGGGCUGGAAUGAGCACAUACAUGAUCUUGCUCUCUAGUGGGACAAAGUGCUCUCCAAUGUCUGGUAUAGUACGCAUGUAGUAUCUCCAUCUGUGGCAUAUUCCUUUAGUAAAGGCCGAAUAAGCCAACUUUGUGGUUCUUCCGUCGCUACAUCUGCUAGUUGAUCAAUAUCAACUAUCCAUUUUUCGACUUUUUCUCUGAUGUACUCUUCCCUGAAUUCUUUUGAGCCUACAACAGCACCAAGAUGGCGUUCUCCGGAUGUCGUGAUCUUAACUCCCAUGUGUUUAAAUAGGGUUUCUGCUUCUAUUAGCUCUUUGGGGUUUUUGACAAUCAGAAUUGUCUUUUUUGCGUUGGGGCGGUACCCAUAUCUUGGGCCUAUUUCACAGAGUCUAUUCCACCAAUGGAGCAGUUGGAUGAAGCUUCCACAUGCAGAGCUGUCAUCAGCAUACCACACCAUAGUUGCUUCUGCAUAUGCUUUGAGAUCAUCUAUUAUAGGUCUGGUGGCUAUGGAAUAAAAUUGCAUUGCUGCAACAUCUCCUUGUGUGUUGCCUUCUUCACCCCAGAUGAACUCCCCUGACUUUGAGCCGGAGAUGAAGAGCUUUCUCUUUGCUUGGCAGAGGCGGCUAUUGAGGGCGUCCAGGCGUCCAUGGACGCCUUAAAAUUAUUAUCUGGUGGCUGGUGCUUAAAAUAGAAAUAGUAAUUAGUAAUAGUGUUAGGAAAUAACAAAUCGCAAUAUAAAGGUCUUCAUUUACUAUCAUACGUUUUAAUGUAAGCGCACGCGUGAUCUUCGUGAAAUUUUGUGUUGUAGGGAGUCCAAUCCUACCUCUGGACUACUCAGCCGCGCAGUUUUAACACAUAGUUAAUUGUAAACGUUACAAAGCACAUCGUGUGCAUCCCACUAUAGGUAAUCUAUUAUGAUUUGCCUCGAUUUGGGGGUCCAGGACCCUUUGCAAUUUGACUGCUAUAUGAUACUGCGCGGCUGAGAUUGUACACGUGUGGACUGGUGUCCUGUUUCACCCAUGUUAUAAGUUUUUGUGUUUGUUUGCUGUCGCCUGUAAAGUGUUACACAUUACAUUUACAAGGCCCUGUGUGUAAUGUAAUCGGUAGUUUGGAGGGAUCAGCUUGAGCCGGCUCCCAAGCCCCCCUCCCCCCCCCCCCCCCCCCAGUCCAUCGAUUGGACCCCCAACAAAACUGCCAGCCAGCUCCCACGAGCCGCCUCUGUUGCUUGGUAGGUAUUUUUAAGGAACUGGUGAAACACAGGGCAGGUUGUUGCAACAGUAUCAAGAGCCAGCUCUCGGUGUAAACUGUUAAACGCAUUUAAUGCAUCAACUAGGAGAAGGCCUUGGCUGUUUUUGUUGGCAAAGUUCUCGGCCAUUGAAUGAACUGCGGCUUCUAUACCUGACUCAAUGCCACUGCAGGUUUGUAGGGAUCCACUUGCCUCCUUAAUGUGUUCUUUGAUAGUUCUUGUUACUGUUUUUGUCAUAAUCCUUCGCAAGACUUCACCAAUGCCGAUAGGUCUGACUCCUGGUCGCUUGUCCAAGGGGAUCAGUCUGCUUGCAAGAAGAUCACUGAGCAUGGUUGGUGCAAUGGUUUCAGUGCAUAAUCUUUUAGUAACAUCGGCUAUGGCUUGAGCUAAGGUAUCAUUGCAUUUUCCAUAGCUCUUUGAGCAUAGAAUGUGUUUCCAACCGUCAGCAUCAAUGAGAGUGGGGCCUCCUGAUCCAUGGGUGUUCUUGGCAGCAGCUUUGAUGGCUUCGCCGUCAAUUUCUUCAAACAGUACAGGUUCUAUAUCAAUUGUUGGAUGUUUCUCUGGCCCAUCACGCUUCGUUGCAGGAGGGUGUUUUUCUCGCAGCUGUUUGAUUGUGUCAUCAUUAAUAGGAAGAAUGCCUGUUCUCUUCUCAUUGUCUAUUAGUCGUGUGGCUUCUUUUACUUUACCCUGGAGCAUUCUCCGGCAGAACGCCUUCUUUUCAUUGAAAUCUUUAGUAACAUUUAUCUUCUGAAGGCGGCUCUGUAUCAUUCUACAUUCUGACAACAGUCCUUCUAUGUCUAAACAAUAAAUGGAGCUUAAAAUCGUAAACUUUAAUUCAAUAAACUUUUCGGCACACUCCAAUGUUUGAGGAUUAUCUAAAUCAUGGUGGACUCAUACAAUAAUGGAGUAUUUGUUGACUAGAUUCAUCUAUUAAAAUCAUGGGCACACACCAGCCUCGAACUGAAAAUCAGCAAACAAAUGGAGUCCGACUAAACAGUUAUAAUAAUAAUUAAUGUUAUUUUUUAUACACCACCAAAAGGUUACAUAAUUUUAAUUUAACCCUUAUGCUCAGCUGUAAAUAAUACUUAAUUAACGAGAGCGUCCAUCUUUGCCUUGGACGGAGGUGAAACAAGAAACUGUUAAGAAAACAGAAGUUUUAAAUAUUAUCAUUUAUCAAUACUUCCAACACUUGUCACUAUUAUGUAAAGAAUUAUUCGCUAAUAAGUUAAAUGUUAAAUUCGCAGACCGAGGACUAAUCCAAAAGUAAACAGCAAAAUCCGUCGCUUGAUACUGACAGACUAGCAAUCAUUAGCAAUCUGCAAUCAUUACAGAAUAUUUCGAUGAGACGAAUAAUUAGCCAUGGUCCGGUUUAGGUAGCGCUCGACUUUGCCAUGACUUUGCGACUCACUGCAAACAAAAAGCAAUCGCGCGGCGCCAAAAUGUGAUUUAUAUUAGAAGUUUUCAUCGCUCAAAAUCAAAAAACAUUUAAAAAUAUUUUGAUAGCAGUUUUAAUCAUUUAUACCACUUUUUAAAUUAUCGGUUUUUAGAUUUACAAAAUAUUAAAAUACAUUUAACUAUUUAUUAAAAGUUAACAUGUUUAUGUAAUUUUUUUAAAGUUUGUUUUUUUAUUUGUAUUUUGUAAACCUAUUUACUUCGCAAAAAUGUACGUCAAGUUUUAAUUCAUUUUCAAUUUUAAUUUGAACUCAGGAUUUUUGAAUUACAAGAGAAAAUCCAAUAAUUUUUAUUACGUUAUAAAUUUAACAAUUCCAGAUUAGACCACAGAUUCCAUAUCGCAGACUCGCUAUCGCGCCGCGCGCUUCGUUAACAAUUGUCUCAUUCACUAUUUUCAGCGCUAUAUAUUUUCGGCACUGGAUAAAACUGCAAGUAUUUUGCAGGUCGAGCGUGGCCUAUUCUACAAACUCAUGUUGCCGUAAGUUGAUUGUGUUGCCAUUUGCCUGCUCAGUUUAGUCUACCCACCGAAAAUAAAACAGAAUACUUGUAAAAAUUAGAUUGUUUUUGUUGGGUUGAUGAGACGGGAUUAGAGAACUUGGUUUGGCCCUGUUUAGCUAGUGCUUCUUAAUUUGUGGAAUUUGUUGGCUCUAUGGACCAUUAUGGAAGUGGGUUGGUUGCUACCCUUCAGACGAGAAACCUGAGUCUGAACAAUCUGAACAGUGUCUACGAUAUACAUUCUCCCACCGAGUCCAACCCACAGUCACUUUACUUCAACCAGUCAUCCCCUGAUGUCAUGCAGGGUUUAUCACACAGUUCCAUCUCCCCUCCACACGGUCUGUCCUACUCUCCUGCUGGACUGUCCUGUGCUCUCCAGAACCCGUCUCCUCCUUCCUCCCUCAGUCUCAACCAUCUCAUGAUGAUACCGUCCAGCCAGUCCGUUACCCAUUACCCGAUGAUACCGUCCAGCCAGUCCGUUACCCGUUACCCGGAACCACUAUAUGUUAACGCUAAACAGUACCAUAGGAUACUGAAAAGAAGACAGGCCAGAGCUAAACUGCAAGCUGACGGCAAGAUACCCAAGAUUCGAAAGAAGUACCUGCACGAAUCACGGCACCUACACGCCUGCAGAAGAGUGAGAGGAGAGGGCGGGAGGUUCCAAAGUAAGGGUUCCAACAAUAACGGCCAGGCUAGUCCUGAGAUUAAGACUGAGGAGAUAAACUUGGAUUUCCUGAGUUAUACGAACUACAAACCAAACCCAUCUCAAGCUAUAUCGAGCUCAACAUUUUCAACAACGACCACCUCUACAAAUGGUCUUAUACACACAGUUAUACCACGACACGACAACUACUACCCAGCAGCCGCAGCGCACCCCAACACGCCGCACGUGCGCACGCCGCGCCACUCCAACUCUCACUCACCACCCUACGCCACCCACCCCUCUCCUCUCUCCUGCGAGGUUUCCUCCCUCCCCCUCACCAUCGACAGUUUCACCAACUCCAACAAUAUUUCGAACACUUUGACCAGCCUCAUCUCGGUGAAGCAGGAGAAGAUUGAUUGCGAGCUAGGUGAGAUGUUGGGCGAAACAAUGUUGGGAGGGAGGGGCCUGUUGGGGCCUCACGACCAUCAGAUGGUACAUGGCCUCCAAAACCAGGGCAUCCCCACUCAUAUCAGUUAGUGGGGUGUCACGUGGUGUUGUGUGACGUUACGUAGUGUUGUGUGACGUCACGUGGCGUUGUGUGACGUCACGUGGCGUUGUGUGACGUCACUUGCAGCGCAGUUGGUUAUUUUAUAUUAGUCAAUUUACACUCACGGAUUACCAUUUUGUUGUGUCCAUUUUAUGACUAAAUUAUUAGUGCGAUGUCUCACAACAUUUAAAAGACGAUCGCUUUAAAAACCAAACCUUCUUUCUCGAGCCUAUAUUAUAUUCUAUCACCGUUAAACACCGACUUUAGUGUGAUGCGUGUCAAUUGCUUAAUUGCUAACUGAAAUUUUUAGCAUCAUUUAAAGCAAGUUGACUAUUUUUACGACUUUUAAAUUCGUAUCUCUAGCACAUGAAGACAAUAAGUAUUGGUUUAACGAUGUCUUAGAUAAAACCUGGAAACUGUUUAAUUGUUAUUGGUUGUAUUUGUAUAGAGGUAAACGAUGCAGCGUAAGAUUUCCAUAAAUUCUUUUAACUUUUCCCAUCAUGCAUUCCGCACGUAUUUUGACAGAGAUGUAGUUCAUUUAAGAGUGACGGUUUUGACAGAAGUGCAAGUUGUUUUUUAUAAUAAAAAUUUUAACUCUUAAUACUAUUUAGUGAGUUAGACACACACAUAUAUUUAUUGAGAGAGGUUUUUGUCAAUGAUUAAAACUAUUUUUCUAUAGUGCGAGGAGUCAAGAUGCGGGACAUAUUAAAUUUCAUCUCUUUGUAUUAAUUGGAUGACAGCAGCUCUGACACCUGCAUUUGAUUGGCCGUGCGUUUUGACGGUACAAUACCAGUAUGCAUCGUCUAAACUCUAACUGCCGAGAGCAUUAUAAAUUAUAAUCGCUGGUAAUUCUGUUUGUCAGUCUAUGCUGAGAGAUAAUAGGCGCUGAGUAAUGUUUGUAACGAUCACGAGAUCGACCUUUUUAUGUUUUAUGUGGAGCAUAAAAUAUGCAAGUUAUGUAGAGCAUAAAAUAUGUUAAAUAUGUUUCUAUUAUCAUCGUGUAAAUAAGAUGUGCUAUGUAAAAUGUAAAUAAUCACCCUAAAAGUUUAUUAAUGAUGCUUGUGUAAACCAAUGGUUUAGGUGACUGCAUAUUGCAUCCACAGCUUUUUUCGCCAUGUUUUUCUAAUUUUACCAGCAACUUGAUGUUAACAAACAUGUAUCUAACUAUGUUAGAUACAUGUUUGUUAUGCUUUAGAGAAUGCAACUAUGUUAACAAGUAUGUUCUCAAAUAUGCAAAAUAUGUUAACAACUAUUUUCACAAAUUUGAAAAUAUUUUGAAAACUUUGAUAACUGUCCUUGUUUCUCGUCAGCCAUGAUAGCUUAAAAAUUAAUUUAUAUUUGUCGCCAUUUUCGCAAAUCUUUUACCAGUCACUUCAUAACCAU